CCCAGACGACGGAAGCCUCCCUCCCAGCUUGGCGGAGACGACGCGGUCCUAUUUAAAGACUACCUAGGAUGCACCCCGCAAGCAGGCGUCGUGAGAGAUCGACGUCCUGCGAAUGAACUGCGGCUAGGCCAGGGGAGACUGGGAGACUGUCGACGCAAACAUGUCUUCCCUCUUCAAGAAAGGUAAACUGGCCAAAGCUUCGUCCUCGACCACUACGCGUGCUGCUGCUCCACCAUCAUAUGGUGCCUCUGCGAAUGACCAGUCUGUUCGCGAUGACCAGACACUGACUUUGGAAGAGGAGGAGGGGGAGGGAGGGGAAGGGGUCAGCCUGACAGCUGCAUUUGAGAAUCUCAAAUUGCCAGCCACACCCCAAGAUCCCGAUGUUGACACGUGCCUUGCACACCUGAAGCUGCUCUUUGCCAUCCAGACCAUGAAGGAAGAGAUUGGUUACACGGAUGGCAUCUGGGGUAUCUGGGACACUCGUGCCGAUGGCCCUGCGCCCGAAGGCUCGGACACUGCCGAUGCCGCCAAGAAUGUCAAGAAUGCCAACGACGGGAGGCUCGCGAUUCUGAGCAAGUUGCGCGAGAAACGAUGGGCGCUGUUCGUCGCAAGAGCUGUCGAUCGAUACGAAGCUUGGUGGGAUUCCUUGCCCAGCAGUGGUGCCUUGUUGCAGCAUGACAUGGUGACACCAUUCUCGCCCAAAUACACCGGGUUCGCCGACAAGCCUGGGAGCUUUGAGAUGUGGAACGACACCAUGCUCCCACCCCUUGACGUCUUGAUGGUCUGGCAUGCGCAUAUGCUCAACCCCCGCUCAUUCUUUGAAGACUGUAUGCGGCGAGGCUUGAGGCAGCUCUGGACCUCCGGGAUGCCGUGGCGUCUGAUCAACAGCAGCAUCAAUAUCGAUUUCGUCUACAAGGUCUCGGACGACUGCAAGGCGGCCUGGGUGGGCCGCACAGGUCACUCGUGGGACAGCAUCGAUGAUCCUUUUUUCAAAUCGCUGAAUUGCCCGGCGUGCAAGACACUGGUAUCGAUACCCUGGACCACGUGCGGUGUUGACGAGAACUAUAGCGGAGAGCAGCUGCCGGGGAUCCUCGGCAAUGGCUACGGUGACGGCAGCUUGCUCUUCACAUGCCCAGCGUGCGCCGUCUUCAUUGACAAAGAACUGCUCUCCGUCUCCAGAUUUUGCAAAGACACCGAAGCCCUCCUGGCCAGACAGCGGCCCAUGCCGGGGACCAUCCUGGAGCCCAGCUCGGGGAUGCCUGAGACCGUUCCGGGCUGGCACCUCGGUGCAAAUCGCAUGUUCCCGCGAACAUUCCCCAACAGGAUGCUUCAGCACGUCCUGCGCAUCCAGAUUAUCGACUUGAUCAAGCCGGGCAUGACCCCGCAUCCAACAAUGGCCACUGUCCGCGACAUGAUCGAGCAGGUCCUGGCCUCCAACGCGGCAAUCCGUACAAUCGACGGCCUGACUGGAGUGAAUAUGGCCGUCAGGCGGUACAGACUCGACCCGGCUGCCCGCCUCUCCGUCCGGAAGAUGAUGCGCUGUUACUGGGAGAACUUCUCCCCGUUCGCACUCGACCUCUGUGGCGCCGUCAUUCGACAAGGCAGCUUCAUCGAGAAGAUGAUCACGAUCGAUUGGCUCCACAGCCCCUCGGCAAGUAAUACAAUGGCGCGGUUGCUUGCCAAAUACCAUCGAUUCUUUGGCAUCAUGGCGGCCCAUCCCACCAAGGUUGCCGUGCCGACCCUCGACGUGGACUUGGCAUGGCACACGCACCAAUUGAGCCCCAGCUCCUAUUACGUGUACAGCAUUAUGAGGACGUCCAAACUCAUCGAUCACGACGAUAAGAUAGAGGAGUCUGCGCUGAGCACCAGCUUCGAAUGGACCAGCAAGGUGUACCAGGAGACCUAUGGUGAGGUGUACAGCGAAUGCACUUGCUGGUAUUGCGAGGCAAUCCGUACAACGCACAUAUCCCCACUCGGCAAAGUCCUCGGCAUCUCGAAACACGAAAAAGUCGCCGAGUCCUUCCACAACUCCGGCGCAGCAUCCCUCUGCCCCCCCGACCGAUCCGCCCAUAUCUCCGCCCACAACGCCGUCAAGGCCCCGGACCACCCAACGGCGGCGGCACCGAUGCGCGCCGGCGGCAACAACAGCAGCCUCCGCGUGCAAGUCCAAGCCCAGAUGCGCGCCGCCCACCGCCGGCGCCUGGACGAGGCGUACGCGCGCGCGCGCCGCCGCGCCGACAAAAAGGGCCGCCGGCUGCCGCCCCGCGACGAGUACUACCACCACUGGGGGUACCCGUACGCCGCGUACGGGCCCUACAUGUAUCCGCUGUGGCUGGCGCCGGGUAUGUACUACGCCUGGCCGCCGGGGUACGUGGCUGGGUGCGGGGCUGGGGCGUGGGCUGCGUGUGCGGCGGGGAGCUGUGGUGGCGGGGUUGCUGCUGGGGCGUGUGGGGGUGCUGGGGGAUGUGGUGGUGUUAGUGGAGGUCACGGAGGUGGUGGCGGUGGUGGGUGCGGAGGGGGUGGGUGCGGAGGAGGAGGAGGAGAUGGUGGUGGGUAGGUAUGGACUUUGGAAACUUGAGCGCGAUCCCCGAGCUGCAGUCCUUGGGCACGCACCGGCUGCCGCUGACUCGGGGCCGUACGCUGGCAUUGGGCUCGAUGGUUGGAGGGGGCGUCUGACACCCAACGUGAGCUAAUCAGCAAGGGGCUCAACUGUAGUGGGGAGGAUUUGGGUGAUCUACGCAGCAUCUCAGGGUUCAUAGCCAAGAACCAGACGAAGUUAGGAAGGCAAGCAUAAAGGGAUGAGGUGAAGGCGUUUGUUCUUUUUACCUGAAUGUCCAUUCAUCAUAUCAUCACACAGCGCCAUGUUUGAGUCUCACGCAUAUGAUUAUCUUCCAUUUACCAUCCACCAACUUCAAUUUUGUCAGAUGUCAUUAUUCACACUUCUAG